AUGCUGAAAGCACUUGGGCUGAGGUCGGCAAGUUCUCCUGGCGAGGCUGUCUCAAACAGCGAUGCAUUUAAGCAAAAACUGAGGGUUUUAGAAGAUGCUAUUUCUCUAGAACUGGGACUUAAAGCGAUGGAUCUUGUUAUGGAUGACCGAUCUAAUGACGCUGAGCAAAUUUUGAAGCAAGGGAAUUCUACUUAUUAUAAGCUAGCAAGAGGUGUUAUCCAUUUCAUACAAGCAACUCUUGGGUUUGAACCCGAAGCUAUUAAGAGAGCUGUUGAUUCUCUACACGAAGCCGAGCAGGCGUCUUCUAAAGACCGUCAACGUGCCCAAAAAUUGAAUAGCAAAAGCUCAUCGUUUCCUCCUGGGGCCGAGUAUGCUCUUACCUUGGCAGAAGCUAAUUUGAUGGGUGCUAUAGCCAUGUUUUUGUCUGAGAGCGUUCUUGACGCUGCAAAGGCGUUUUUGAGAUUGCGUAAAGCCUAUCAAAUAUUGGAUGAGCUUAACAACCAAAUAAAAGGCCAUAGUACACAACCACAUAGUAGUCUUCUGGCAACUGCACUAUCACAUGUGUCCACUAAGCUCGAGUCAACUCAUAUCACGCCUAAUUUGGUAGAUAAUGAGUCUCUUUCAACAGAGCAAAAGACUGUCUGGUCAUCAAAACUGAAGGAAUUUGAACGAGUGCGUAAAGAGCGCCUAUCUACUAUUGGCCGUUCAGUGAACCAGUCUUCAGUUACUUUGAUUGGGAAGGAUGAAAACGAACGAAGAGAGCAAGUCGGAUCAAAUGAAGAAGGCGACAUUUUUACUGCUACUGAUGAGUACAUCGUUUCCGGCGUUAAUUGUAUGUUUGGUUUACUACAACUCAUUCUUUCUAUCAUUCCUCCUACUUUAGGAAAAGUCAUGUCUUUAGUGGGAUUUAGAGGUAAUAGAGAAGACGGACUUCGCAUGCUUUGGAAGGCCUCGGAGUACUCGAAUAUCCAUGGUGCUAUUGCAUUGCUGGCUCUAUUACAGUUUUAUGAUGGUCCCACCCAGUUUGUAGAUAUCCAAAAGUCUAGUGGUGAGGAAUCGGCUGGAAACAGCAGUGCAAACUCAUCUUCGUCAGAUAAUGCAACUGCUAAUACGAGUCCUACCCUAUCGGCUUCUGUUAGCACAUCUGCUCUGAGUGAAUUGACUACCACAUCCAAUGGCCUUGCCGAAGAAGAUCUCGCGAAAAUCAAAGUACGCUUAGAAUCUGCCUUAACAAAGGCACGCAAGUUUUAUGCUAGAGGUGCUCUUUGGCAGUUGCAAGAAGGUAGAAUGGUUGCUCAUACCGACCUUGUUAAAGCUGUUGCAAUAAUGGAUGAUACUUCUAGUGGACCCAUUCAGAUGGUUCAAGUUGAAGGAUUGAUGCUCUUUGACAAGACUCUUAUGACUUGUAUUCUUCAUGAAUAUGAGCGCUCCGCAGAAGCUUUUAUCCGUCUGAUUGAUCUAAAUACUUGGUCUCACGCUUUUUACAUGUAUCUUGCUGGUGCCUGCUAUGUAGAGCUGUAUCGAGAUUUUGUGCUCAACAAGAAAGAUGCCACGAAGGCAGCUCACUACAAGAAAAGGGCCAAAGAAUGCAUUGAAAAGGCUCCCAGUAUGCUUGGAAAGCGGAAGUUCAUGGCAAAGGCUAUGCCAUUUGAUGUGUUUGUGCUUCGUAAGGUAAACCACUGGAAGGCUGUGUCUACGGCUAAGAAUAUUGAUAUUAUAGAUGCAAUCACAACUUCACCGAUCCAUGAAGUUUUGUAUUUUUACAAUGGUUAUAACCGCAUGCCAAAUAGUCAGCUCGAACAGACUUUGCAAACUCUUGGCUAUUCUGGAAACCCCGGUACCCCGUACGCUGCCGAAGCAGAGCGAAAUAUUGUAGAAGAGACUGAGUCUGAUUCUCUAUCACGCUUCCUUUUAACCUCUGUCACUCUAAGGGCUCUUGGUAGAGUCAAGGAAGGUGCGGAUUUGCUCACCACUCAUGUUAUACCCUUUGUUUGCGCCCCUGUGAGCAACCGUGGAUUAUCAAGUCAUGGCGUUCCCAACAAAGUACAAUAUCACAAGCAUCUCUCUGAGCCAUGGUCUGGUCCCAGCGCAAUUUAUGAACGCGCCAUUUUUGAAUGGCAACUGCAUGGCGUUCCUGGUGCUGGUGCGACCCGAGAAUACCUCGAGUUGGCUGCUAACUGGGACGAAGAUUAUGAGCUCAGUACCAGAGUUGCAUUCAAAAUCAAGAGUGCAAAAGAUAGAUUAGAUUCCUAUAACUUAUAG